UGCUAUCGUGGACCGGACCCUCCUUAUUCGUGUUUCCGGACACCCGUGUCAUUGCCCACCCCACGCCUCCUAGCCCAACAGAUCGUUAUCUUUCUCAAACAAGGCACACGUUGGCCCGCAUAAUUAGGACAGAGGUCUUAUUUGGACUGGGUCACUCAGAGCAUAUAUAUACACAGGCGUCUCGGGCCCUCUAUACUAAGAAUCCUCCAUAAACUAGACUAACUCACAAUGUCGAACCUUGCACCGAGAAUAUCUCGAACUGCCCCUUCAGUGGGAAGACUCGCCCGCGCCACGCCGCGUGUGGCACCGUCAUGCAGCAUCACAGCCAGAGCAGCAGGAAUAGCAGCCUGCAGAUUACCUACUCGCCAGGAGCCGACACGGCGGUCUUUUCACAACACUACGGCCAAUGCUACCAAGGUCGGCCUAACUCAGAGCAGCCCCCCAGGGAUAUUACCCGAAUUCAGCUUAAAAGACAAGGUCAUCGUCGUCUCCGGCGGAGCACAAGGAUUAGGCCUCGUACAGACAGAAGCUCUCCUAGAAGCAGGAGCGAGAGUACACGUCUUCGACAGACAGCCCCAACCUGGCGCUGGCUCGUCUUUUGAAAAAGUAGCACGCCGAGCUAAGGAGGAAUUAGGCACCUCGCUGAGCUACCACCAAGUCGACGUUCUAGAGGCACCCGACAAACUUCACAAGAUCACCGAAGAUAUCGUCGCCAAGGAGGGACACAUCGACGGGUUGAUCGCGGCUGCUGGCAUCCAGCAGGAGACUCCGGCCUUAGAUUAUACUGCUGAGGACUCGAACCGCAUGUUAGGAGUCAACGUCACAGGUGCACUCAUGACAGCGCAGGCCGUGGCGAAACACAUGUACCAGAACGACACACCCGGAAGCAUCGUGCUAAUUGCCAGCAUGAGCGGCACCGUGGCAAACCGCGGCUUGAUCUGCCCGGUAUACAACGCCUCCAAAGCCGCCGUCAUCCAGCUAGGCCGCAACCUAGCGAUGGAAUGGGGCGUCAAGAACAUCCGCGUGAACACCAUCUCGCCGGGCUACAUCGUGACGGAGAUGGUGCAGAAGCUGUUCGAGAAGUUCCCCGACCGCGCCAUCGAGUGGCCCAAGCAGAACAUGCUGAACAAGCUCAGCAAGCCCGAGGACUACCGCGGCGCGGCCGUCUUCCUGCUCAGCGACGCUAGCCGCUUCAUGACUGGUGCGGAUCUGCGUAUUGAUGGUGGACAUGCUGCUUGGUAGAGCAUGGGUACGGGGUAGACUGGCUGGUGGGAUAUAUAUAUAGGUAUAUAUAUAGCCUCUGUAGCUACCUAGAUUGGCAAGGUGGGAUGGCUGUCUGCUAGGGACGACGGUCCCUGUGCUAGAAGAGCUUGAUGAUAACGACUUGGCAUGGGGUGUA